UCGGCCUUGUUGGCCCAUCCAACAUUACCAUGCAGCCCGUCCCCGGACCCAACCCUCUCGAAUCGCACGCCUCUACGGCAAUCGUCGCCUAGGGUUUAGGCUUCCGGCCGCCGCAUUCUCCAUACCACGAGCGAGCGACAGGAGAUCGCCAGAAGCGGACGGAGAUGAGCGGGAGCGCGUUCAACGCGUUCAAGUCGCGGGUGCCUGUGGCGUGGAGCCCCCGGCUGUACAUCACGCUGGUGCGGGGCCUCCCGGGCACGCGGCGCCUCCACCGCCGCACGCUCGAGGCCAUGCGCCUCCGCCGCUGCCACCGCACCGUCGAGCACCGCACCACUCCCUCCCUCCUUGGUAUGCUCACCCAGGUCAAGCGCCUCGUCGUCGUCGAGACCGAGGAGAUGUACAACGCGCGGAGGCAGGCCGCGGAGGAGCGCCGCGCGCCCAGGCCGCCGCUUGUCGUCUCCCACCACCUGCCGACGCCGAAGCCGAAGCCGGUAGCAGCCGCCGCGGAGGGUGCCGCUGCCUCGGCGCAGUAGCCUUUGGGCAUAAGAAACAAUUCAUCACAGUUCAGCAGCAUAAUAAUUAACAUGGCUAUGUUCGGGUCUGCUGUUUGCCUUCAGAUGAUCUCCCUGAAUCGUGCUCAAUGAGCUCAGGCUACCCAUAUUUUCUGCAAGACUGCUGUACGGUGUGAGCUCAGGCUACCCAUAUUUUCUGCAAGACUGCUGUACGGUCCAACUCACUGUUUUCAUUGGCCCUUUAUUUUAGAUUGUUAUGGACUGAUGGCAUGGUCUUCAAAUGCUUGUCAAGAUCAAGUUCAAUGAUUUGAUUUCUGUUGCUAAA